UUUUUCAUUUUUAUUCUUUCUUUGAACCGACACAAACAAAACAGCUUCGGCUGCACUUUCAAUUAAACGACCUAACAAUACACACACACACACACAUCACCGCGCCGUCCUCUAAACACCGCUAUAGUCGCCAUUUUCAGACGGCUGACUCGGUGUGUGUGUGUGUGUGGUGAUAAUAAUGGACAACGACUACUCGUCCGGUUUGGAAAACCCUCUGUACAGCGAGCUGAAAUACUUCUGUAGGAAGAUACAGGAGGCCUACAAAGAGCUGAAGGAGGACCUGACACCUUACCGAGAUGAUCGCUUUUACAGACUGGCCCCAAUGCGGCUCUACACCUUGUCCAAAAGACAUUUUGUCCUGGUCUUCGUGCUGUUCCUGAUCUGCUUUGCCCUCACAGUCUUCAUCGGGAUUGCAGGUCCCAGGAUCAUUCAGGAAAACAAACACGAUGGCGAUCAGUUUCUUCUCAAGAACUUCUCAGUUAAGACUGGGCCCUUCAAUCUGAUUUCUCCUCUGCUCACCACCUACAACCAGCAGCUAUGGCUCACCUGUGUGAUGCAGGCUGAACACAGCAACAUGGGAGACUUCCAGCAGCCUUUUGAGAUCAACGUUCAGCUGAAGGGAGUGAUGCAGGACGCCAGCGUGAUGCGCAUCAACAACGCGCGCCAGAAGUCACGAACGCUACACUGCGGGAGUAAAUGUGAUGAGAUCAUUGUGCUCCAUCUGGGCUAUCUGAACUACACCCAGUACCAGGUUGUGGUCAGCUUCAAAGGUCUCGAAAAUAUCACGUAUGAAAUCAAAGUGAAGUUUGUGUGGAAAACGUACAACCCCACCUUCUCGCAAGUGGAGAUCUGGUUCCGGUUUGUCUUUGUGGUUUUGACCUUUAUGGUGACGUGUUUGUUUGCACACUCGCUGAGGAAGUUCUCCAUGAGGGAUUGGGGCAUAGAACAGAAGUGGAUGUCUAUCCUUCUCCCUUUGCUGCUGCUCUACAACGAUCCAUUUUUCCCGCUGUCAUUCCUGGUGAACAGCUGGUUUCCGGGGACGUUGGACGCUUUCUUCCAGGCUCUGUUCCUGUGUGCCCUGCUGCUCUUCUGGCUCUGUGUUUAUCACGGCAUCAGGGUUCAGGGUGAGAGGAAAUGUCUGACGUUCUACCUGCCUAAGCUGAUCAUUGUAGGUCUUCUGUGGCUCUCAGCGGUUACAUUGGGCAUAUGGCAAACGGUUAAUGAACUCCAAGACCCGACCUAUCAGUAUAAAGUGGACAUAAAGAACUUUGAGGGCAUGAAGGUCUUCUUCCUGAUUAUAGUCGCCCUUUACGUCCUCUACCUGAUCUUCCUGGUCGUCAGAGCUUGUUCUGAACUCAAGAACAUGCCUUACUCAGAUCUCCGGCUCAGGUUUUUGACAGCGCUGACAUUUGUCGUCCUUGUUAUAAGCAUGGUCAUUCUCUACCUGAGGUUUGGUGCCAAGGCUCUCCAAGAUAAUUUCGUCGCCGAGUUGUCUACUCAUUACCAAAAUUCAGCUGAAUUUUUAUCUUUCUAUGGCCUGCUCAACUUUUACUUGUACACAUUAGCAUUUGUGUACUCCCCCUCCAAGAACGCCCUCUAUGACUCCCAGUUGAAGGAUAACCCUGCUUUCUCCAUGCUAAAUGACUCAGAUGAUGAAGUCAUAUACGGGAGUGAUUACGAGGACAUGCCUUUACAAAACGGACGCGCUAUCAAAGCAACUGCGAAGUACCAGGAUGAGAGCGACAGCGACUGAUGGGAUGGAUACUACGAGAAUACAAUACUACCAACUAUCAUGUGUAUGUGUAAAUAAGGACUACUUGCGUUGGUAACACAAGACGAUCUACUGUAAGUGUACAUAACUAUAUUUUUAAAAAAACAAGUUCCAUGUCAACUGAAUGUACUGUACUUUUACUGAAAGUUGAGGCAGAUUUUUUUCUUUAUUGUUGAAGACAAAGGAAACUUUUUACCUAUUUGUAAACUUUAUUUUGCUCAUAACCAGCAUUUCUUCACAACCUCAUAGUUAAAAAAUAAUCGGGGAUAGUGCUAAUAUUGAUUUGGGUUUUUUUUUUUUGUACAUAUAUUUGAAAUCAAUGUUAUUUUUUAAUUAUUUGCGUUGAACCACUGUUGUCUCUCUACACUCGCACUGUGUUGUCUCUGCCAUUCCUCGCCGCUCUCUGACAGUCUGAGAUGAUUGAGAAUGCAUGAAUAUGGCCAAAGCUGAGUAGCAUUAGACCGGUGGUACAAAGUAAAGGAAGCUCACGUUGCAACAGUAACACUUGGUGUAUGGGAAAUUCAAGUGCCAUAGCAGUGUUGGCUUUCGACUUAUUCUCUUUGUUUUCAGACAGAGAGAGCCUUAACUGAAGUGGGUACCACUCAUCUCUGACCACUCCUCUUACCAAUUCUUCCCUUGGAAAGAAGCUUUGUAAUUGCACUUGUUUCAGAAUUGUAUUUAUUUUGCCGAAAAGUGAUGACACUUGGUACUGUAUUAUCUGAAUAUCUGGAUGGGUGGAUGGAUUUUGAUGAACUGUGUGGAUUUAUUUAGAUGCACUACUGAUGUACCAUGUUAACCAUUUCUUAUGCCAGCACAUACAGUUGUUACACCAUUGGCCAAAUAUAUUUUGCCUUAUGUAAAGAAUUAUUUUAAGUUUUUUCUCUCCUCUGACUUUCCUUAUAUUACCUACAGUGUGACCUGCUGCCCUUUUCUGUUUUAUAAAACUGGAGCGUAUGGACAAAAACAAUCAAAACAAAUGUAUUUCUGUUCUUUACAAACAUGUAUUCCAUUCAAGAUGGUGCCUUGUCUCUACAUCACCCUAUUUUCUUCUGAACGGGCAGCAGUCUCGCAUUUGUAAACGCUUUGACGUAAAUGUACAUUUUUGAUUCUUUCGAUGUGAAUGUAGUUUAUGAUUAUCGUUUAACGUGGCUAAAUGAGGUUGUUGUGGGUCCUGUUAUGUUGGGAGUUCUUGCAAUUUUUGUUGCUUUAUGAGAUAAAAGCUGUGCAUGUAGCACUCUGUCAUGUCAUGUGUAAAUAAAGCAAAGUAUACAACAUA